AUGUCGGACCACGGCUCUGAUGCCUCAGAGGGCAAGGCAACGCCUCACAUCCGACUUAACUCGGGGCGACAGGAUCCUUUCCUCGAAACGAAUGGCGGCUACGCACCUCUCACGUCGCGCACAUUUCCCCGACCUUUGACACCACAGGGUCUUGAAACACCCACGCCGGUACGCGCUCGAGGGAUGUCAAUGUCACCAUACGGCGCAUCAAGUGUUCCUGAGUCCUCGGAAUUUCUAUUACCCCCGAGAUUGAGGCCUACACAGGGACAAGGUGUAAGAGGAACUGACCGGCCUCGAUCUCCGGACCGAUGGUCUGCAGCUCGCUCGAGUAUCAGCUCCAUCAGUCGUGAGAGUACCUUCCCCUUCGAUCCGUUUCAGGAUUCGAAGGCGCCUUCGCACGCUGGCAGUGAGGAGUAUGAUGUCAACACGCAGACUGUAUCGGGAAAGUACAAUAUUAUGCCCACUGAUGGCUUGUUGUUGUUCCCUGAGGAUGUGGAGAAGGAUGACUACUUGCAUAACCCGGACCCUGCAGACAAGGAUCGAGAUUGUGAUAUCUGGAAUCGACGGGGUAUUGUGAAUGUUGGUGGUCUGGCGAUUUUCACAAUAGGUCUUCUGGUGCUCUUCAUCGGUUACCCUCUCAUAACUUGGUUGUCGGGCUUCACGAAACACCAUGAUGGUAUAUGCCACCCCGCAGACACGUUGUGUUUGGAAGUUGGGGAGCGGCCAUUGUUGGAAAACCUGCGCAUAGGCUUGAUUGACCCAGACACGCCGAAAGAGGCACACACUAAGAAAGAUCACAAUGGAAAAGAGAUGAAGCUAGUGUUCUCCGACGAGUUCAACAUGCCCGGUCGAACGUUUUUCAAGGACGAUGAUCCUUUCUUCGAAGCAGUCGAUAUAUGGUACGGAGUAACAGCGGACAAAGAGUGGUAUGACCCGGACGCAGUAACCACGGCGGAUGGCACCCUCCAGCUUCGAUUCGACCACUUCAAAAAUCACAAUCUCGAAUACAGAUCCGGUAUGGUACAGAGCUGGAACAAGCUCUGCUUCAAGGGUGGCCGUCUCGAAGCUAGUAUGUCUCUCCCGGGCGAUGGACAUAUUCAAGGUUUCUGGCCUGGCUUCUGGGCAAUGGGAAAUCUGGCUCGUGCUGGUUAUGCUGCUACCACAGAUGGCAUGUGGCCAUACAGCUACCAUGAUGGCUGCGAUGCGGGUAUCACUCCGAACCAGAGUUCUCCCGAUGGUAUCAACUGGUUGCCCGGUAUGCGGUUGCCCGGAUGUGCCUGCCCCGGCUCCGAUCACCCGACUCCUGGUAUUGCACGCAGUGCUCCUGAAAUCGAUGUGAUUGAAGGCAGCACUGCUCCGUUAUAUGGUGACAGCGGUCCCUUCGUCGGUAGUGCAUCGCAGAGUCUGCAGACUGCACCAUUUGAUUUGUGGUAUCUACCCGACUAUGAAACACCAGACUUCGCCGCCGUAUACGACCCACGCGUCACCAAAAUCAACGCCUAUCGAGGUGGCGUCUACCAACAGGCUAUGUCUGGCCUGACCAACCUGAACACCCGCUGGUACAACGGCACCGAAUAUCAAAUUUACUCCUUCGAGUACACACCCGGCGCAGAAGGCGAUGUAACCUGGUUCGUCGGCGCCGAAAAGACCUGGACAUUAGACGCCCGCGCCAUCGGACCGAAUGGAAAUGUCGGACAACGCAUGAUCCCACUCGAGCCAAUGUCGCUGAUCAUGAAUAUGGGUAUGGCGGACAACUUCGCGCCCCAGAAUAAGAGCAUCAUCGAUUAUAUGCCUGCUAUCCUGCACUUCGACUACGUGCGAAUCUACCAGGAUCCCGACGAGGAGAGCGUCACUUGUGAUCCACCUGGCUAUGAAACGACUAAGUAUAUUGAAAAACAUCGCAAAGCAUAUGAUAAUGCGAACUUCACGACUUGGGACGAGGCUGGGUAUCGUUGGCCUAAAAACUCAUACAUGCACAACUGUCCGGCUAAUUAA